AUGCCCCUCCGACGCAUGCUCCUCCACCACAGCCGCCGUUUCUCCUCCUCUACAUCAAUAACUCCUCCCUUAAUCACUCCUACACUUCUCAAACAAUGCAAUUCAAUUGCUCAGGUGAACCUCAUCCACCAACAAACACUUGUCCAAGGCUUAAUAACCAAUUUCUCCACCAAUCUCAUUUCCACUUACAUUGCUCUCAAUUCUCCUUCCCAUGCCCUCUCCCUCCUCCAAAACCUCACCCCCUCUCCUUCCUCCGUCUACUUUUGGAAUGCACUCAUUCGCGGUUCCAUCCGACCCGGACUUUUGAACCGUUCCCUUGCUCUUUUCCGUAACAUGUGGAGACUUGGCUGGUCUCCUGAUAAUUAUACUUUUCCUUUGGUUUUUAAGGCUUGUGGGGAUUUAUUGUGUUGUAGAAUCGGUGCUUCGAUUCAUGGUGUUGUUUUUUCAACUGGAUUUGAGUCUAAUGUGUUUGUAUGUAAUGCUAUUGUAGCUAUGUACGGACGGUCCGGUGAAUUGGACUGUGCACGCCAAUUGUUUGAUGAAAUGUGUGGCAGAAGGGUGUUUGAUUUGGUUUCAUGGAAUUCGAUCGUGGGAGUUUAUGUGCAAAGAGGGGAUUGUAAGAAUGCGUUGAGGCUGUUUGAUAGAAUGUGUAAAUUGGGUGAUUUUGAUAUUAGGCCGGAUGUUGUUAGUCUUGUGAAUCUGCUUCCUGCUUGCGCGUUGAUGGGUGCCUGGCUGUGUGGUAAGGAGGUGCAUGGUUUCGCCGUGAGGAGCGGGUUGUUUGAGGAUUUGUUUGUGGGUAAUGCAUUGGUGGAUAUGUAUGCGAAGUGUGGAAUGGUGGAUGAGGCAAGCAAGGUUUUUGAGAGGAUUAGGGAGAAGGAUGUGGUUUCUUGGAAUGCUAUGGUUACUGGGUAUUCUCAGAUUGGUAGGUUCGAGGAUGCUCUUGGUUUGUUUCAGAAGAUGAGGGAGGAGAAUAUUGAGUUGAAUGUUGUAUCUUGGAGUGCUGUUAUUGCAGGGUAUGCACAGAGAGGACUUGGGUGUGCAACGUUGGAUGUGUUUAGGGAAAUGCAAGGUUGUGGGUCGAAGCCAAAUGAGAUUACCCUGGUGUCUCUUCUUUCUGGUUGUGCUUCGGUUGGAGCAUUGCUUCAUGGGAAGGAGACUCAUUGUUAUGCCAUAAAAUGCAUGUUGAACUUUGAGGGGAGUGAUCUUGAGGACGAUCUUAUGGUGAUUAAUGCUCUAAUUGAUGUGUAUGCGAAGUGCAAAAGUAUCGAUGUGGCACACGCCAUGUUUGAUUCCAUAGCACCAAAGGAUAGAGAUGUGGUGAGUUGGACUGUUAUCAUUGGAGGAUAUGCCCAGCAUGGUGAAGCCAAUGUUGCAUUAGAAUUGUUUUCCCGGAUGCUCAAACAGGAUAGAUUACUAAAGCCAAAUUCCUUCACUAUAUCUUGUGCCUUGAUGGCAUGUGCUCGUUUGGCUGCAUUGAGGCUUGGUAGACAAAUUCAUGCUUAUGUAUUACGCAACCAUUAUGACUCUGCCUUUCUUUAUGUGGCCAAUUGUCUCAUAGAUAUGUAUGUGAAAUCUGGAGAUAUUGAUGCUGCCAGAGUUGUGUUUGACAAUUUAAAGCAGAGGAAUUUUGUUUCUUGGACAUCCCUGAUGACAGGUUAUGGUAUACAUGGCCGUGGUGGAGAAGCUCUUGAGGUUUUUGAUGAGAUGAGGCGAUUGGGUCUUCAGCCUGAUGGUGUAACAUUGCUUGUUGUGCUCUAUGCUUGCAGCCAUUCAGGAAUGAUUGAUCAGGGGAUUAAAUUCUUUAACAGCAUGAGCAAGGAAUUUGGGGUUGUUCCUGGGCAAGAACACUAUGCUUGCAUGGUUGACCUACUGGGACGUGCUGGUCGCUUAAAUGAAGCUAUGGAGCUCAUUGAAGGCAUGCCUAUGGAACCAAGCCCAGUAGUGUGGGUGGCAUUGCUUAGUGGCUGCAGGAUCCAUGCAAAUGUGGGAUUAGGGGAAUAUGCUGCAAAGAAACUGUUGGAAUUGGACUCAGAUAAUGAUGGAUCUUAUACACUGCUUUCAAACAUAUAUGCCAAUGCCAGGCGCUGGAAAGAUGUGGCUAGGAUCAGAUCUUUGAUGAAAAAUACUGGAACUAAGAAGAGACCUGGUUGCAGUUGGGUCCAAGGAAAGAAAGGCACCGCAACCUUCUAUGUUGCCGACAAGACUCAUCCACAGUCGAAGCAGAUAUAUGAAAUCCUUAGAGGCUUGAUUCAACGGAUUAAAGUCCUUGGAUAUGUUCCAGAAACCAGCUUUGCACUUCAUGACGUGGACGAUGAAGAGAAAGAUGAUCUUCUAUUUGAGCAUAGCGAGAAGUUGGCCCUUGCCUAUGGCAUUCUAAUAUCAGCUCCAGGAGCUCCCAUCCGAAUCACAAAGAACUUACGUGUCUGCGGAGAUUGCCACGAUGCCAUUACCUACAUAUCCAUGAUCAUUGACCAUGAAAUCAUAUUGAGAGACUCAAGCCGCUUCCAUCAUUUCAAGAAAGGUUCUUGCUCCUGCAGAGGUUAUUGGUGA